UGGUCCUGAUGGAUGGAUGGGUCUUCUUUCCUGUUACGGUCUUGUAAAAAUCUAAGUUCUUUUUCUUUUCUUUUUUUUUCAAAAUUGGUAUCUAAUGAGUAAUUCUUUAAUUACAGAUAUUUUUCAUUUCGUGGGAAAAAGAACGGACUCCCAAUCUGAAAUGAGCAUGACUGUUUUAUAUUAACUUAUUUGUUUUGUUGUUCAUCCGAUUAUGCUGCUAAAACUAGGCUUUGUUUUUAAAUUUUCCCGGAGAAAUGAGUGAGUCUAUAAGUCUUCCUUUUUUUAAAGACAAAGUCAAAAUCCAUAGGCAUGCUAUGUUCUCGUUGCGCUUCCUCUUUUAACUGCUACCAUACUCUCCUUCCUCCAAUUUGGCUGAAAACUUUUUCCCUCUAACCAAACAUCUAAUCUCACAGUUCAGGGUUAGAAAGAUUCGUGAGAGAAAAGGGGGAAAUUUCUAAGUUUCCACUUUCCAGGCAGACCCAAAGACAUGAAGUUCAAUUCCUGUUUCUCAAAAUGUUUUUGUUUUCCAUCAGAAACAGCUAUCAUCGACAUACGCAAAGAGGAACCUGAACCAGAAAAUGAUCAAAAUUUUACUGUCUUCUCUUAUAGUGAGCUCAAAGUUGCCACUCAUGGAUUCUCUGCUUCAAACAAGAUCGGAGAAGGUGCCUUUGGUUCGGUCUACAAGGGCUUGCUUACAAAUGGUUCUAUUGUAGCUGUAAAAAUGCUUUCAAUUGAACUGGAAUCCAUGCGUGGGGAAAGGGAGUUUGUGUCUGAAAUAACUACACUUACAAAUCUUAAACAUGAAAACCUUGUCACACUUGUAGGUUGCUGUGUUGAGGGAGCUAAAAGGUUCUUGGUUUACAAUUACAUGGAAAAUAAUAGCUUGGCGCAGGUAUUACUAGGUGGAGAGCAAAACAGGAUCAAACUCAGGUGGGAAGCAAGGGGAGCGAUUUUGCUAGGGGUCGCUCGAGGGCUUGCGUAUCUUCACGAGGAAGUUAAGCCACACAUUGUGCACAGAGACAUUAAAGCUAGCAACAUACUUUUGGAUCAAAAUUUAAUACCGAAAGUUUCAGAUUUCGGGCUUUCAAGAAUUUUGAGGGAUAAUGCUUCUCAUAUUAGUACCCGUGUUGCAGGCACAUUAGGCUAUCUUGCCCCAGAAUAUGCCGUCAGUGGACGUUUGACAAGAAAAACAGAUGUUUACAGUUUUGGGGUCCUACUUUUGGAAAUUAUCAGCGGCCAGACAGUUGUCAAUUUUGACUUUGAACAUGGUGAACGUUACCUGGUUCAAAAGGCAUGGGAACUAUACAGGGCUAACAGGCUUCUGCAAUUGGUGGAUCCUGUACUAGGUAUGAACUGCCCUGAAGCAGAUGCGGUUCGAUACAUCAAGGUGGGUCUCCUUUGCGUUCAAGAAACAGCCAGGUUCCGACCAGAAAUGUCAACAGCCCUGAAAAUGUUGACUAAUGAGAUAGACAUAGAAGGAGUUCAGAUUUCACAACCUGGUCUUGUUGCUGAUCUGAUGAACAUCAAGUUGGGACAAAAGACAACGUUUCAGAGCCUCUACUCUAAAGCCUCAAACAUGGAAAGCACCCCAAGCUCCCUGAGCUCUUGUUCUUGACUUGCUGCCUCAAUUGUUCUUUUGGGAGAACUAAUCACUGUUUCUCCAUAACAUUGGAACAGUUCCUAUACGGUCCUGAAAAUGUUGUACAAAGAAAAAAGAUAGAGAGAGAAGAAUAGCAUUUUCCCACUACAACUUUUCAUUCUUUUCAUAUAUAAAUAAAAAGCAUAUUACAGUUUGGUA